GGGAAAGUGAACGCGGUGUGCUGCCGCGGGAAAGCUUGCUUGAGUGACACGUGGAAGGCACUUGAGUUCCAGCGGCAGCAGCUAUGGCGGCGAUGGAGGCGCGUGCCUCUCUCAUUGUAGCCAUGUUCUUUACCAUCGCCGUGGUGCUAGAAGUGGCUAUGGCGCUUCCUUCAGAGGGUCCCGAAGUGAUGAUAGGAGGAGGGCCUGAUUCGCCGAUACCGGGCCCUCAAAACUUGGUGCUGCCUGUCCGAUACCAAAGCAGUCCCACGGGUUACCCGAGGUUCUAUGUGUCGGACUUCGUUUUGGGAAUGCCGCGGCAGGAGCGAUGUUUGUCCAUCUCAGGAAGCAGUGAUUUGACGUGGACAUUUACAUCCAGCAGCGACCAAGCUUCUUUUGCUACCCCUAACGCUCCGGUAAGUCCAGCGUAUCCAUGGAACUAUGCCCGUCAUAACGUCAUGUGUCAGAGGAAGAGGGAGGAAGGAGGGAGAGCGAUGCAGACAGACAGCAACCAUGAGUCUUGGUUCUAUGUGUCGGACUUCGUUUUGGGAAUGCCGCGGCAGGAGCGAUGUUUGUCCAUCUCAGGAAGCAGUGAUUUGACGUGGACAUUUACAUCCAGCAGCGACCAAGCUUCUUUUGCUACCCCUAACGCUCCGAACCCGAGGUAUCAGUGGAGCCGCUCGAGGACAGCUAGGAAGGUGACUUGUGCUAAAGGGGGUUGCAAGACAAUCUUCAAUAUUGGUCCAGGAGUUGGCAUUUGUGAGAACAAUUACAGUUGCCAUUAUAAUUAUCCUCUUGUGGACCAGUCCGUUGUUCAUGGCUUUGCAAUUCGAGAACUGGUUGGACUCAAAAACGGUUUUGGCUUUGCAUACAGCCGUGUCGGGUGUACCAUUGCUGCUGAAGGGCCCGUGGUGAAUACGGUUUCAGAUGGAGCGCUGAGCCUAACUCGAUCUCCAAAUUCCUUUUUUAAAGCUAUGAUUGGCACGUUGAAGUUCUCGCCGAUUCUGAGCAUGUGCCUGAAUGCAAGUGCUGGCGCAAAUUUUAGCGGGGUUGUAAUCUUCGGUUCCCCCAGAGAGGAGGUUCAGAAUGGUCCUACACUGUACACACCAAUUGUGAAUGUAACGACUCCUGAACUCGCGUCAAAGUUUCUGAUACAAGUAACUCAAUGGUGUGUUGGAAAAGCUGAGCAGACAGAAAGUUUCUCUGCGUACGUUGACCCUGCAACAGAUUCCAGCUUUCUGCCUCAGGCCACUUUUGAAACCCUUGUCAGUAAGGUGAACAAUGAGACUGGUAUGGCACCUGAUCCGAACUUCACGGCAGGGAUCAACGCAACCUGCUAUGUGAAACAAACACAAACUUGUGAUGGAUUCUCGUUUCCAGAUCUGAACUUCAAGUUUGGUAGCGCUAACCUCACUGUGUCUGGUGAGCACUAUAUGUUCACAACAACAGGUCCAAAUGGUACAGGUUGUGCAAAAUGUCUUGGAAUCUUUGGGUGGUCUCAGAAUGUUUCAUCGAUAGGCGCUAAUCUUAUCCAAGAGACAUGGGUCGUCCAGGACAUGCGGACUUGGUCCGUCGGGUUUGUGAAGAAAGGAACAUGUUAUUGAUCACUGCUUUGAAGCUAAACCGAGUUGAGAUGAUAGGCACUCCAUUUAUCUAUGCAUGCUGCUGACGUAUGACUGCCAAUGUCGUCGGAGCUUCAGCUCUUCUAGACCUUCUUCACAACGGAAGGCAGAUGCUCAUCUCAUCCCACGAAACCUUGUUAUGGAUGGACAGGCCUUGCGUCAGUAGAAAGAUCUCUAACAGCUCAGUGUUGCGCGUCACCAUCAUUGCAUGUCGGCGCACAUGUGGACAGGCCUUGUGGUAAGUAGAAAGAUCUCUAACAGCUCAGUGUUGCACGUCACCAUCAUUGCAUGUCGUCGCACAUGUCAAAGAUUUCACUUGCUCGGUUUGUUGGAUUUGCUAUCACUUCAUGACCUUUCCGUGAUCAUUCUGCGCCGCUUAACAUGGUCUAUAUGGUAGAGGAGUCCGAUUCACUGCGGAUUUGUGAUGUCGCAUUUCACAUUUCGUAUUCUUUGUCGAGUUUCAUCCAAUUUGAUGACAUGUUUGUUUUUUUGUUUUUUUUUUACUAUUUUUAUAUCUAUUCUUCACUUAGCUAACAUUAUGAUGUCUCGCUUGUGUUCUUUCUUGUAUUGUAUUAUAACUUAUAAGUUAUAACUAUACAUAAGUGAUUUACCCGUCGUUUGUUGUCCUCUUCUCCCUUUCUGCCUGCAGUUCACCGGGCAGUUGCUCUAUGACAUUAUACAUAUACACGUAUCUUAAUUUGUCCUUCUUCCUAUCUCACAGGACUCCUCCUCGCUCUCUCCCUUUGUGUUUGAGAUCAGACAGUUUCGCCUUUUCCAUUGUUGCAUUGCCACAUCUUCACUCAACAAGAAGAACAUGACGUUAUCUUGACGUCAUUCCACCAUAUUGCCAUUUCUAAUCCAUGCUCGGAGUCCCCGCAGUUUCCCACUAGAAUUUGGUGCUGACCUUCGAGAGUGCUUAUUCGGUUAAUGUGAGAGCACGAUCACCGCUUGGUCGCAUGAUAAUUGAGACUGACGUUCCAACACUUGAGCAAGUUGUUGACAUGCGGAGCGAAGUCGUCAUGCGGAGCAAAGUUGUGAUGUGGAGCGAAGUCGUCAUGCGGAGAGAACUUUGAUACCAUAUGUCAGCAGCUCUCUCAGGUUAUGAUUGGGUGCGGAUCCUGAUGCCUGUGCAGAGGAAUGCUCGUUCCAAUGACGUAGAAGUUUCAUCAGAUCCUUCCUCCAACUGAGUUGGCAUGCAUGUAUGUAGAGACGAGACGUUUUCUUCAGUAAUGAGAGCAAUGUUGUCACAGCUCGAGCGGCAGAACACAAUUGCAAUGUUUUCACAGAGAGCAAUGUUUUCACAGCUCGAGUGGCGGAACACAAUUGCAAUGUUUUCACAGCUCGACUGGCGGAACAUAACUGGCGUUGCCCUUCGGUGAUGAAAGAGGAACUGAUUUCAGAGUAACUCAAGUGGCAGAAUACAAUUGCGGUUUCUCUUCAGCGAUAUCAGCAACGGGAUCACAACUAGAGCGGCGGAAGCAGAAGCCGCAGAACCCACAAUUGCGGCGCCGUUUCGCUUCAGUGAUCAAAGCAACGGUUUUGCAACUCGAGUGGCAGCAAAAGAUGCAAAACCCAAUUGAUGUUGCGAGUCGGUGAUGCGAGUGUCUCGCACUUCGUUGUGCUUCAAGCAAGCAAGUUUCUUUCCACUGGACCAAGUAAGUGUUCCGUGAUUGGACGAGUCCGGCCUUUGCCUUCACCCUCUCACUCAUUUGCGUUCCGUGGCGCAGAUGCAUCUAUGUUUGGCAAUAAAGGUGGCAUCUAGCCGCUUGCACGCGCAGUGUCCGGUGAAAGUUCGGUGACAACAAGAGCUGUUUGUGGUCUUUGUCUCCGGAGCCAAGCCUGUAAUUGAAGGCUUUGCCCCAUGCAAUUUCAGCGAUUUGCCAAUUUGGCGACGAUGUUGAGCUUAGGAUGAUGAUGCUUGCCUGGCUGCCUGCCGAGCCCGGCACUUCGUCGAGGAGGAAGGCAUAUUGUGGUCGAUUAUAUUAGGAGCGGAGCAAUGCGAGCAAGCAACAUUUUGCUGUUGUUCAUUUGAGGUUUUGAAAUCAUUACCAGCCCGCUGCUGCUCAGCGGCUUAUUGCAGAAACUGUUUUGUUGAACCUGACUUGUAUCAUUCGCAUUACUUUCCUGUUCAGGUUUUGCACUGAAUUCGGUUUUAGGGUCGGUCUGUUCUGCUCAUAAAUAUUUAAUCAGCUCCUGAUCAACAGCAGUGCGGAACGUGUCGCCUGUGGUCUGUCAAAUGGAAAUUCCUGCAGCGACAGUCAUGUGGUUUAUGGUGUAUUUAAUUGGACCCAGCGCAAAACACAAAUCGAGGAGAACCAGCCCGUCUUUGUAUGGUAGGCCAUUCAUGCGGCUGAUGCCCAUAAUCAUGUCAAUGCAGAGGAAUGCGUUCGUGCGGUUAUGAAGUGAACUAUUUUGGCUAAUUUCACUCAAACUUGUCUGAGCACGAGGGUUGCGGAAUUUUGUUGAUUGGGAAGCUGAGCACACACAUUUAAACCGAAGCUGCACCUUUUUCGAAAAGCCUGAAGGGUCACCAUUACUACACGACAACAGAGUUGACGGUAGGUGUGCAGCUGUUGGCUCCCCAAAUGACGGUAGGUGUGCAGCUGUGUCUUUAUAAUGAACUAGCUGUUUAUCA